GAGAGGAUUUGCAGAAGAAAUUGAUGUUCUUCCGGGAGGAAGGGAAGGGUGAGUGAGUGAGUGCUUGCUUUAGUGGAGGGGAAGGACGACAUGAGCCGGAAAAGAGAGAGACCCGACUACGGUUCCGGUCAGUAUGUCUCUUCUUCUUCAACUUCGACUUCAUUCCGGAAAUCAAAGAGGGCUCGUCCCUUGCAUCACCACCAUUCUAAUGGCAGAGCUGACAUAGGAGAUCGUCUGCAGGAGCCCACCACCACCAACACCACCGAUUCCAAGCAGAAUUCCCCUGCGGUGGUUGUAGUGACUGGUCUCGACCAAAGCUGCUCCGUCCUCGACCUUAAGUCUCGUUUCGAGAUGUAUGGCAGCAUCUCUCGUCUUCGCAUUGACCGUGGUGGUCUUGGCUUCAUCACCUUCCGCUCCCACGACUCUGCUGCUGCCGCCAUCAGCGCUUCCCUUGAUCCCUCUUUCCCCGUCACUGUCGAUUCCAGAAAGGUCCAGGUAUCUUGGGCAAAUGAUCCUUCUCCUCACUGGAGGGAAGGUGUUGCCAUUUCGUCUAAGGAGGAGCGGCCCUUAUCCAAGUUGCUGCGUGCUGAAGUACCUCUCAGGAGACAUGGCAGAGGCAUUAAACAGAGCGUGGGUAUAGUGAGUCUGAGAAAUGGGUUAGACACGCCUUACAAAGGCAGGGAAAUCGUUGCCUAUGAUGAUCUUCUCUAGUUUGACUGAGAUUUUGAGGGGCUCCCUGGUUCCGUUACAAAUGAAUCCUUUCGCAAAGCUACAGAAACCCAAAUAUGCAUACAUGGCCCUGAUGCCCCUGAAAGAUCAAGAACUUGUGUAUGCGGUUGUGUGGCUUCACUUUUGGUUUUCCUGAUGUUUAACGAUGCUUUUUAUUUACAGCCAAAUUCUAUCAUGUGUGGUAUUGGUAAAUAUCUGAUUUUGUUUCUUGUGGAUGU